GCUGCCGUUGAACCACGAAGAAGAAGAUGGAGUCAGAAACAGGACGUUGCGUCUAAUCUUUUCAACCUGCGGACUGCCGAACAUCAAUAAACCUGAACCCGUUGAGCUUUCUGAACAACCGUCCGUCUGUGUGUCCGCGUAUCACCGACAGCUGGACUCGAAUCAUCGGGUUCCCCGGGCUCACAGAAGUUCCUCCCGUCGUCCUCUCAUCAUGGUGGACUACUACCAGGUUUUAGGAGUACGGAGAGAAUCGUCCGCGGAUGACAUAAAGAAAGCCUACAGAAAGCUGGCGUUGAGGUGGCACCCUGAUAAAAACCCAGAGAACAAGGAGGAGGCCGAGAUAAAGUUCAAGGAGCUGUCGGAGGCCUAUGAAGUCCUGUCAGAUGCCAACAAGAGGACCAUAUAUGAUCGCUACGGCAAAGAGGGACUCACGGGGACCAACGGAGGAAGAGGGGGUCACUUCCACAACGGAGACCAUUUCCACGAUCAGUUCACAUUCCGCAACCCAGACGACGUCUUCAGGGAAUUCUUCGGAGGCAGCGACCCGUUUGCAGACUUUUUUGGUCCAGACCCAUUUAGUGAUGAUCCGUUCUUUGGCAGCGGCCGGCGGCACCAAAGUCGGGCGAAUCGCAGCCGGACGGGCGGCACGUUUUUUGGGGGCUUUGUUGGGUUUCCCCCCUUUGGUGCUGGCUUCUCACCUUUUGACCCAGGCUUCGGCUCUUUCGGCUCCAUGAGCCACAUGGGCCACAUGGGCCAUAUGGGCCACAUGGGCCACAUGGCACCCAUGGGCAGCCUGGGAGGCGGAGGCUUCACCUCUUUCUCCUCCUCCUCCUUUGGGGGUGGAGGUGGAGGAGGAGGCAUGGGCAACUUCCGCUCCGUGUCCUCCUCCUCCAAGAUCAUCAACGGCAGGAAGAUCACCACUAAAAGGAUCAUAGAGAACGGUCAGGAGCGGGUGGAGGUGGAGGAGGACGGGCAGCUGCGGUCACUAACCAUCAACGGCAAGGAGCAGCUGCUGCGACUGGAACAAAAGUGAGGGUGGUGGAGAGCGCCCCCUGCUGGAGAAGCGUUACCUCAGCACAAACUUGAGCUUCGGGAGGAGCAGGCAGAAGACAACAACAACAACAACAACAACAACAAUGUAAUAAUAGUGCCCUCCUGUUGUUUGGAUGUACAUACUUAGGUUUGUGUUAUUUCCCCUUGUCCUCUCUCCCUGCUGACUCAUCUGUUCAUCAACGGUUUGAAUCCCAGGAUUUGGACGCAGACUUUUCUAUGCAUUUUUGUUCAUGUAUUUCUGAAUUUGAGCUGUCCUUAUAUUUUGGCUCAGGGUGGUGUUAUUGUUUCAGUGUUUGGGACCACAUUAUUGCUCUGAUGUAUAUGACACCCCCCCCCCCCCACAUACCUUCCAUUAUGCACUCCACUCUGUGUUACGGCACACACACAAACACUGCGUUCAGAAAACAAAGCAUGACUUUUGCUUUUUCAUCUGAAUAGUAAAAAAGAAAAAGUGUUGCAUUUGAUUUGAUUUUUUUUUUAAUGUGGGUAGAAAUGACAGAAGCGUCCCCCCCUUCUCUCCCACCCCCCUGUUUACUGCUUGUCUAACCCCUUCUUAGUAAUAAUUCCUUUUUUAUAAAAUAAAAAUAAAAAAUACAAUGAUGGUAGGAUGAGUUAUGCAAUUUUAUAUGUUCUAAUAACAAAUGUGUUUUUUUUCUUUGUUUAUUUAAUUCUGCAUGUACACCUGUUGAUGUUGAGUCUUAAUGUUAAAGCUGCAUUAUGAUGCACAAAUGGAAGGCAUUCUAUAAAUGAUAUAUGGACAUAGAAGGAAAUUUGUGUACUUUGUAAUUCAAUAAAUCUUGAGUUUCAUCCUGUUUUCAGGAUGCGGAAA